AUGCCCUCCAUAAAUGAGGACCUCAUUUUGGUGUUUGCUGCCGGCGGCAAGCAGACUCGUCCGCUCCUACCUCUGUUGGCGAAACACUACAAGAAUCUGCGCCUCAUCGUCCGUAGCGAAGCUUCCCAGCAGACACUACGCUCGCUACUCCCAGAAACGGAUGUCAUUCGCGCAGAUCAGAAUGAUCCUAAAGCCGUGCGCGAGGCUUUUCGGGGUGUUACUGCCGUCUACUACGUAGGUCCUAGCCUGCAUAACCAAGAAAUCCAAAAUGGAUAUAUUGCUAUCGAUGCCGCUAUCGCCGAACAAGAAGAAGGUAAUUUCAAACACUUUAUAUUAUCGUCAGUUCUGAAGCCAGGGCUGCGCAAAGCUAUAAAUCAUGAUAAUAAGCGAUACAUCGAGGAGUAUUUAUUUGAGAGUCCGCUGAACUAUACGGUCUUACAACCUUGCAAUUUUCUGGCGGAGAACUUAUUCCCUAUCAGCAAGUGGAUAGAUGAGGACGAGCCUGUUCUCAGUCUUCCAUACAAUAUUAAUAUUCCCAACUCGAAUAUCUUCCUCGAGGAUCUGGCAGAAGCCACACUCAAGGUUUUCCAGGAACGCGAGAAACACUAUCACUCCGAGUAUCCUCUCAGCUCAACAUACCCAAUCCCCUAUAAAGACCUCAUACCACCGACCGAAAUGGCCCUUGGGAAACGCAUCAAUAUCAUAAAGUUGUCCCACGCGGAGGCUACCAAGAACUUCAUCACAGCCGCGCUUGGUAAGAACUAUAACGGGAAGAACCUGGACGUUGCCGAGAGACUCGUUCUAUGGUACGAUAGAUACGGUUUAAACUCGUCGCCUAACGUUUUGGAGUGGUUGUUGGGAAGAAAGGCCACCACAUAUGAAGAGUGGCUUGGGCGACGUUUGACAGCUAUCAAAUCUAGUCGUUCUGAUGCCUAG